AUGAGCAAAUCCACAAGUCGGGAGAGGGGCUGGUGUCGGGAGCUGCCACCACCGCGGGAGCACGCAGAGCUGAGGGCUCUGACUCCCCUUCCCAAACACCUUUUUUCUGACAACCUGAGUCUACCAGCGAGGGCAUCAGCCAUCCUGGAUGGUUCAGUCCCCUUCGCUGGGUUCUGCAACAAGCAGGACAGCAUGCAGCCCUGCCCUGAGCUGCGGCAGCAGGACCCAGCUGCUGGGCCAAGGAGGGAUCUCGCAGGGAGGCUGAGGCUUCUAGCUGAGUCCCGUGUCCUAAGGUCAGGGAACAGGGCCAGGGGCCUGGGGUUCUGGGGAAGGAAGGCUUCCCUGUCUCCUGUCGAUGAGAAGAACUGUUCUGACUGUAUAUGUGUCAAGUCCGAAUUCCACUGCGGGGACCCUGGAUGCCAGACCUGUACCCACCACCCCUGCCCUCCAGGCCAGGAAGCAGUGCCUGAAGGGAAUUUCAAGUUUGGCUUCAGAUGUGUGGACUGCGCUGUGGGGACCUUCUCCAGUGGCCACGAGGGCCGCUGCAGACCUUGGACAGACUGCGACCAGUUUGGUUUUCUCACCAUGUUCCAUGGGAACAAAACUCACAAUGCUGUAUGCAUCCUGGGGUCUCUGCCCGCUGAGCCACCUGGCCAGCUGACCAUCCUCCUCUUGGCCCUGGCCACCUGCAUCCUCGUCCUGACCACAGCCCAGCUCAGCCUGCACAUCUGGCAGCUGAGGAGGAAGCACAGGUGGCCUCAAGAGACCCCGCCACUUCCAGAGGUGCUCCCCCCACCUGCGGAGGAUGCCUGCAGCUGCCAGUUCCCUGAGGAGGAGCGGGGGGAGCGGCUGGAGAAGGACGAGCUGGGGCGUCCUUGGGUGUGAGGCUGACCAUCCUCAGGAGAAGCUGCACCCCAAGCCAGACCCUCCCCAGGAGCUGGCCCAGGCUGACCCUUGGGAGCCAGGGCUCUGCUUUCCAUCUGUUCUGGGCCCGGCCCUGCUCCCCUCAACGGUGGAAGUGGGUACAGGAUGGUGACAGUGACAAGUUCCCUCGACUGUGCAGAAGGGUGGUGGCCAUGGCUGGCCCUGUGGGAGAGAUGGGCAGCCGUGACUGCCUUCCUCCCUGGCCAGCCCUGCUGGGGUGGGGUCUGUGUUCCC